AUGUUCAUUCUGAAGCCUGAUUUUAUGAUGGAUAGUGUGUUCCAGUCGGAUUGUGGGUUCUUUGAAUCACCCAAUGUAUCUGUAGCAAAUGAGUCCGCGUUGCAGCCACCUUCGGGUGUCGAAGAAACUGAAGAAGAAGAAGGCAUUUUGAGUACGGAAAAAUCACAGUCGAUCCCAUUAAAAAUUAAGCGCUAUGAAGGACCAAGAAAUAGAAAAAAUCAGCCCAGUGGGGAUGGGAUUGCAAAAUUUACCAACGGUGACUUUUACGAAGGAUCUUUUCGGAAAGGCAUUUUUCACGGGCACGGCGUGCUGCGGAAGCGUAACGGCUAUCGGUACGUGGGCGCAUUUCGAAAAGGCCUUCGCCAUGGCCAUGGAACGCAAACGUAUCCCGAUUGUUCCUCGUAUGCUGGUGAUUGGUUGAAAGACAGUCGCCAUGGUUAUGGAACGUACAAGUUCGCAAAUAAGGACCUCUACGAGGGUAAUUGGUGUUUGAACAAGAAGCAUGGCAUCGGAGCGUAUUUAAUCGCUGAAAAUGGCCUUCGUCUACGUGGGUCUUGGCGUGAAGGGCGUUUAGCUGGGCCGAUAGAAUUUGUGUUUGGAAGCGUUCGGUAUCAUGGCAUGUGGGACGAAACGGGUUUAUCGGCGGAGCACGAUGGCGUCUUUAAUUUUGCCUCGAAAUAUUUGCUGCGAGGUAGAAUGACCAAAGGACCAUUCGAUGAGUUCUUCUGGACACCGAGUGGUGUAGAACGUUAUUCUUUUGCUUCGCUACCCUUGGAACCACUUCCUGUUCCCAUUCCCUUGAUGGACCGCCAAGAUUCAAGCAGUUCUGACGAAGAAAGUGAACCGGAGCUGCAAUCUGAAAUGGAAAAUAUCUAA